AUGAGGGAGUGGAAUCAGAGGAAGGCGAAGGCUAGUGGGGAGAUUUGGCUGUUGGUUGAGGAGAACCAAAAGGCGCAUAUCAGGAAGGAGAAGGGAGAUCCGAAGGCGAUGUGGGAGAAGUUAGAGAGAGUUUUUGUGCAGAAGAAGACUGGUACGCGAUUCGACGCUUAUUCCGAACUCUUCUCCACUCGUCUCCAAGAGGGAGAGUCCCUCUCCGACCUCGUUGCUCGCGUCGACCUCUACAUCUUCCAUAUCAAAGAACGCUGCCCUGCCAAGUUCUCCCUUGACGACCUCGACUCCGAAUUAUCGUCCAUGACGCUCAUCAAGGCCCUCCCUUCCGACUACAACAACUUCGUCACCUUCCUUACCCUCUCCGACGACGUCUCCCUCGACAACGUCACCCAAGCCUUCUCCAAUGAGGAGCAAUCCCGCAAACGUCGUGCCCUGCAG